CUCGGAUCUUGUGAUACUGACUGGGCUGAUGCGCGUAAUGAUUACUGCGCAUGAAUAUCUACGCGUAUUGCUCUGUGUUGUGAUGAUGUUGCUGAAAAGGGGAAAUAUUUGGUGAUUAUUUAUAAUAGAGUGGAAGUGAUGGGGAAUUGUUGGGAUUUGUGCUUUGGUACUACGAAGAGUAGGACUGGCUCAUACUUACGUAAUGAUUAUGAAGGAGAAUCACUUAAUAUUGAAUUUGAGAAUCUUGUAGAAGAGAAUGAUGCAUCAGACAGUCAGGGUAGUUUUAUCUUGGAGUCAGAGAGAAACCAUUUAAUGAGUAGAAAUUAUCAAAAGAUAGUGGAAGACCAACGCAAACUUGAUGAACAAAUUGAUGAGGAGUUGAACAGACAAGAAGGUCACCUGAAGGUAGAAGAAGAUGCUUACAUUGCGGCAAAGAAGGAGGCAGCCAGAGUUGCAAGGCAGAAGCGUUUAGAAGAAAGCAAAUCCAAAGCCAAUGGAACUGGUCCAAAAAGAUGGCUAGGAGAAAAUGAAAGUGACUGGGAUGUUGCUGGGGGUGAAGAUGAUUUUGAAAUGUUUUUAGAAUCUGUUAAAGCGAGGUCGUUGAACCCACCUGGGAAUGGUAUGGACAGUGUGGCAAACGCUAUGACUGAAAAGAAAGUCACAGAAGCAGAAGUCCUGGAUCUUGCCCGGGAAGCUGUAGGUGAAAUCAAUACUGGUUUGGACCUUGAUUGGGAAGAAGAUUUUGUCGGUGCUGAAAUCUCGGAAUCUGACUUUGUGGGCAGCAAUGAUGACCCUGCAAUGUUGGAUGCUGAACAUACAGAGAUUAUUGCCGCCAGAAAAAACAGUCCACCAAAUAAUUCUGGGAACAGUAAUGAAUUUGUGACGGAGGUGCAGAUAGAGACGAGAGACUCUGACUUGAAAUUUGAUGAUGAUUUUCCAGCACCAACAAAAGCUGUUUCAAAUGAGAACCUUGUGGAAUCAGAAGCUGAUAGAUAAUAUGACGUUUUAUUUGCAAUAAUUGUAGGCAUCUGAAUUUUAUAUGAAUGGUGAUGUGUUGUAAUUUUUUUAUUCGGUAUAGGACUGGAACAAUCUGAAGUAUAAUACAUUGUAUAUCUCUAUUUUCGUAGUUGUUUGUUAUGAUGCUGAAUUUGGACAGUACACUCCACUUUAACAUCUAAAGAUUAUCAGUGCCAACUGUUGCAAUGGCGAAAUUAGAGCGGGGGGUGAGGGUGAAGGUGAGGGUGAGGUGUGCCCUAUAACUGUCUUAAUCCAUAAGCACAUAUCCUAUAAUGCAAUGCCCCAUUGGGAAGCUACCUCCAUACACUGUUAGUGUAAUUCCUAACUGCACACUGUUUCAUAGUGAACUCCCUAACUGCACACAUAUCAGAGUGAAUUCUCUAACUGCACGCCAUUCAUAGUGAACUCCCUAACUACACACUAUUUCAUAGUGAACUCCCUAACUGCAC